GGCCGUUAUGGUGACGGUCCUGGGAGCUCACGGUAACGUGAGUUGUUCAGAAAGAAUCGUGUUCCUUCCUCUGAGCAUCCGCAGUGUACCGUGCUGUCUUGCGCUCUUCCUUUUCCUGGCGCGGCUGCAGGUGUAGACAUCUGUCAGUAGAUGUUGCUUUUGAGUAGACCUAAAGAACUUGGAGCAACUUGUAAGACUCUUGCCUUGAUUAGCACAUAGGUGAAACAGUACCGGAUCUUAUUUCUCUGAUGACCUGUACCAGAAGCUAGUGGUUAGGAGUUGUUAUGUAACUCUGGAAAGCCGAGAGCAAAAGGGACUCGGGACACAGAGCGUCUGGAGACCAAUGUGAUCCCUCUCCACAGGGGAGGUGUGAGGAGGAGGGCUUCUCACUUACCAAACCCAUUGUGACCUUCGCUUUUCUAAUAAGGCGAUUCUGAAACUGUUGAGUAGAGGACUCCUAGCUGGGCUCUAGAGCAACUUGGUAAAGGGUGCUGACUCCAGAGUCCUUGAGUGAGAUGCAUACAUGCAGAAGGAAUGACUUCUACACUUUAUCUCAUGGAGAAGUGGAGUUGAAGUGCUUUGAGAAAGCAACCUUGAAUUUCAUCAUGGUGGCUUUUUCCUGGAAGGAGUUUGAAGAUGCAGCAAGCCUGAUAGAGAGGACAGAAGAAUCUCCUUGACAUCAGACUAUCUGAAAUACUGACCAUGUCUAUUAUGGAUCAUAGCCCCACCACUGGCGUGGUGACUGUUAUUGUUAUUUUGAUUGCUAUUGCAGCUCUUGGUGCCUUGAUACUGGGCUGCUGGUGUUACCUGCGUCUGCAGAGGAUCAGCCAGUCUGAAGAUGAGGAAAGCAUUGUGGGAGAAGGAGAAACCAAAGAGCCCUUUCUUCUGGUGCAGUACUCUGCUAAAGGACCUUGUGUAGAGAGGAAAGCUAAGCUAACUCCAAAUGGCACAGAAGUACAUAGCUAACUUGGAGCAACACACAGAUAUGGACUAUGCUUAUGAUGUGUGUAACCAGCAGCAGAAUCUCUAUACUGUGAAGAAUCUGGUCACAUGCAUGCUACUCAGCAAACACCCUGAUGAGGAUUAA